AUGUUUUCACGACGCAACCUCCAACGCAGCAGCAUACUCGCGCUGGGGCUUGCGGCCACUCGCCCUUUCGUGGCCGCCGCUCCAUGCGAUAUUUACGCUUCCGGUGGCACGCCGUGUAUCGCCGCUCACAGUACCACUCGGGCUCUGUACAGUGCCUUUUCGGGCUCUUUAUAUCAGGUGAAGCGCGGCUCCGACAACACGAUGAAGAACAUCGCCCCGGUCGCCGCUGGCGGGGUGGCCAACGCGGCCGCUCAGGAUUCCUUCUGUUCCGGCACCACCUGCCUGAUCACCAUCAUCUACGACCAGUCUGGAAAGGGCAACCAUUUGAAGCAGGCUCCGCCAGGAGGCUUCAAAGGCCCGGAAUCGAACGGCUACGACAACUUUGCUAGCGCUAUUGGCGCGCCAGUCACGCUGAACGGAGCAAAGGCUUACGGAGUCUUCAUUUCGCCCGGGACGGGUUACAGUAACAACAAUCCAGUGGGGACAGCCACGGGGGAUGCCGCAGAGGGGAUCUAUGCGAUCUUGGAUGGAACGCAUUACAACGGUCUGUGCUGUUUCGAUUACGGGAAUGCCGAACUGAACAGUCACGAUACUGGCAACGGCCACAUGGAAAUUUCUGACUCCCCCGUGUCUUUUCAGGAGGCCAUCUACUUUGGCGACAGCACUAGCUGGGGCUCAGGCGCAGGGUCGGGACCAUGGAUCAUGGGCGAUCUGGAGAACGGCCUGUUUUCGGGCGCUGGAUCUAAAGUUAACGCUGGUGAUCCGUCGAUCAAAUCUCGCUUCGUCACCGCCAUCGUCAAAGGGAAGCCGAACCACUGGGCAAUCCGCGGUGGAAAUGGAGCCUCGGGGGGCCUCUCCACGCACUACACCGGCGUACGCCCAACGGCGCCGGGCUACAACCCGAUGAGCAAAGAAGGGGCCAUCGUCCUCGGAAUCGGCGGAGACAACAGCGUGGGUGCCCAGGGCACUUUCUACGAAGGGGCGAUGACCUCCGGCUACCCCACGGACGCGACAGAGAACUUGGUGCAGGCUGACAUCGUGGCUGCCAAUUACGCCGUCACAUCUCUGGUCAGCGGCCCGGCCUUCACCGUGGGAGACUCGGUCUCGCUCCGGGUCACCACCGCGGGAUACGAGACGCGGUAUCUCGCCCACACCGGGACGGCCGUCAACACCCAGGUCGUCACCUCGGCCAGCGCGACCCUGCUCAAGCAGCAGGCCUCGUGGACGGUCCGGAAGGGCCUGGGCAACAGCGGCUGCUACUCGUUCGAGUCCCGGGAUACGGCCGGCAGCUUCCUCCGGCACAGCAACUUCGUGCUCCUGGUCAACGCGAAAGACAGCACCAAGAGCUUCAAAGAGGACGCCACCUUCUGUCCCCAGUCGGGCCUGGGGGGGUCGGGAAGCUCCAUCCGCUCCUGGAACUAUCCCACCCGCUACUUCCGCCACUAUGAGAAUGCGGGCUACAUGGGCACCAAUGGGGGGAUUCACUCGUUCGAUGCUGCGAACUCUUUCAACGCUGACGCGACCUUCGUGCCGAUCAAGGGCUGGGCCUGA